AGAUUUCUGGUUUAUACUAUAUUGAAUGUAAUAUAUAAAAAAUGGCUGUUCGUCUACUCUAUUCAAGGAUUUUUUCAAGAAAGAUUUCUCCAAAUAUUUUAAGAUCAUUGUCAUCUCUUUCUAUAUGUGCUGAUGGAUCGUUAAAGAGUCCAUAUCCAGAUAUUGAAAUUAAAAAGCUUAGUUUCCCAGAUGCUUCCUUUUCGGCUUUGGAAAAAUUUGGGCCAAAGGUUGCUUUAAUUGAUGUUGAAUCACAAAGAGAGGUAACCUAUUCGAAUCUUCUGGACCAGACUGUAAAAGUAAUUAGCUCCUUAAAGAAACUUGGACUAGAAAAGGAUGAUAUCGUUACAAUAUGCUCAACAAAUAACUUAGAAUAUUUUACAAUAUUUUUGGCAAUAGUUUCAAUAGGAGCCAUUCCAAGUACGGUUAAUCCAGCUUAUCAACAGGAAGAUUUACAGAGAACUUGUGAAGUUACAAAUUCAAAAUUCCUGAUAGUAUCGAGCCAACUAGCUAAUAUUGCUAAGAAUGUUAAAUCCGAACACUUAAAAGCUGUAAUGACCCUUGACCAGCCAGUUGAUGGAUGUUUAUCAUUUCAACAAUUAUUAGACGAUGAUGGUUCAGCAUUCAGCGAUAAUUGGAAUUUUAAAGUUGAAGAGGAUACUCUAGUUUUACCAUUUUCCAGCGGAACAACCGGUUUACCUAAAGGUGUAAUGCUAACUCAUUACAAUGUCUACUCAAAUAUAAGACAAACAUUCAACGAACACACAAAAAUUGACUUUUUCAAUAAGAAAAUAUUAGGAGUCUUACCUUUCUUUCAUAUUUAUGGACAAGUUGUUAUACUUUUGGGAACGAUUUUUCAAGGAGGAACCAUUUUAGUUCAUUCUAAAUUUGAACCCCAACAGUUUUUGAAAAGUUUAAAUGAUUAUAGACCGGAAAUUCUUCCACUCGUGCCACCGUUAGUCCUAUUUAUGGCCCAUCACGCUAAAAACGCUUGUCCUGAAUUUUCAGCCUAUUGCGAGAUGGUUCUAUGCGGAGCAGCACCAUUGAGUAAAGGUUUAAGUAACAAGUUUUGUUCAGAAUUGAAUUUCAAUAGAUUACUUGGGGCUUAUGGUUUGACCGAGACAAGCCCAGUAACGCACGUUAAUCCUUACGAUGCUCCCCGUGCAGAUACUGUUGGCUUUACAUUACCGAAUGGUUACACCAAACUUGUUGAUCCAGAAACUGGCAAAACUGUUUCCGAACCGAAUGUCGAAGGUGAAAUAUGUAUCAAAGGCCCUCAUGUAAUGAAGGGCUACUAUAAAAAUCAGAAAGCCACCGAUGAAAUGAUUAAAGGAGAAUGGCUACAUUCAGGAGAUAUUGGACAAUUUCAUACAGAUGGUCAUUUUAGCGUAACCGACCGUAUAAAAGAACUUAUAAAGUAUAAGGGAUAUCAGGUAGCACCGGCGGAAUUGGAAGGCAUUCUCCUAACGAAUGAGUUUGUAGCUGACGCAGCCGUCAUUGGAAAACCAGAUGAGGAGGCAGGUGAACUACCUACAGCUUUUGUUUUAUUAAAACAAGGUUCUGAAACAACCGAAGAAGAUUUAUUACAAUACGUGGCCGAGAGAGUCGCACGUCAAAAGAAACUUAGAGGUGGAAUCAAGUUUGUCAAAGAAAUUCCAAAAGCACCAAGUGAUAUCAACUGUAUUGGCUAUUCGUUAAAUGGAGAGAAUGAAACUUACAAUUGUCCGGAUAUUACAACCUCUGAUAGAGGUAAUCUUUUUAAAUGUUUCGUUGAAAACGAAAAUGAAAAAACUCCAAAAUUGUCAUGGUAUAAAAGAGGCGAUUUAAUAAAGAAGAUAACAGCCAAUAAAUCUUGCAUACUUGAUGAAGACUAUACAUUAACAACUAAUUAUUCAUGUAUUGUUGAAUGGGCUAAUGGGAAAACCCAACGUUUUGAUAUAAAAGGAAUUGACAUUAAUAUACCAAUUGGUUGGUGGACUAAACAUAUAAAACCCCCUAUGAAUGUUCUGCAAAAACUUUGCAUUAGAUCAGACCAAAAAAAUAGUGUCACUCUUAGAGGGGACGUUGAAAGUGCUCUUAAAGGUGAUCCAGCUGAAGACUUUUCCUGGAUAUUAGCCGAAGCUCCUGGUAAAACCAGAUUAUUAACCUAUAAUGACAUAAUAUUCUCAAAUCAAUCUUCCAAAUAUGCAAUAGAUAAGUUUUAUAACUUGGUUAUAAAAGAUGUUGAACCAUAUGACGCAACGAAAUAUAUAUUUGAUUUUAGACCAGUUUCACAAUCAUUAUCAGCAUUUUUUGGUGUUGUUGAAUCGGAUCUUCUCUGCAACGGCCUCAGACGCAAUUCUGUAUAUAAUUCUUUCAGAUGCCCUAACCUUUCGGUACCAGAUAAUAAAGAUGCUAUUAUCUCUUGUACGCUUAAAUAUACCUUUCUCUAUAAACCAGUAUUUUCAUGGAAGAAAAAUGGUGAAAAUUUAAACACAGUUGAGCAUUUGCACGAAGGUGAAGGACUACUUACAUCUUGUAUUUUAGCUGAAAAUUUAAAAGAUGAAGAUGAGUAUGAAUGCUCGGUUGAAUGGGGGCCUCCUACAGAGACUCCUCAAUCAAGUCCGUUUUGCCAACCAACACAAUUCUACUGCGUAGAAGCUCCAAAUUCACCAGGCUAUAAAGAUGUUUGCAAAAUCAAAGGCAGUCAAGUAACAACCAAUGAACGACAACACUCCACUAUCUUUUCAAAAUUGGAAAAUGUAUUAGCAAAACCGGGUGAUAAUAUUGUUCUAAAAUGCGAAACCGGAUCUAACAAUUCUCCGAAUAAAUGGUAUUUCUAUGGCAAUGGAACGAGUGUUCAAAUUUCAAGUAGUUCUGAUAUAUUGAAUGAAUAUAAAGAUAAAUAUGAUAUUGAAGGAAAUUUCAACUUGAAAAUAAAAUACAUGACUCCUUCUGAAAGUGGAAGAUACGAAUGUGUAUGGAACGUUGAUGACUGUACACCUAGAGGAUUACAUGUUUAUCUUGGCUUAGCCGAUCAAUCUUUAUCUGAUUCAACUCUUGUGAAAACUCAGUCUUCAACUGUUGUCAUUGAAUUUAUGAAAGAGUCAUAUGAUGAUAAGGUAACAACGGAAUUGAAAGGUUUUUUAAGUUGCCAACUGAAGUAUAAAUAUCUAUGGCAACCAAUGAUUAAAUGGUAUGAAGAUGACGUUCUUAUAGAUAUUGAUUCGGUCACGGCUAAGACAGAUGACUCAAAUGAAGGCUAUAGAUCUUGUAUACUUGUAAAUUAUAACAUUAGCAAGACGUAUAGAUGCGAUAUAGGAUGGGAAGAACCUCCUCUCAACUUAAUAUGUAAUAGUACAUUCAAUCCUGAUGAUAGUUGUGUAGAUGCAAAUAACUCUCCUAACUACGCACAAGCAAUAAUCUUGAACAUAUCAAAUACCAAUAAUAUUUCAAUAGUAACCGAGGAUGAUAUUGACAAGCUUUUAGAGAGUUGUAAAGUAGUGCCUCAAAAUUGGACGUAUCCCCCAAUCAUUAUUGAACAGAUUGAAAAAAAUGAUAAUAAAGCAUUAAUUAUUGGUUUAACUGUAGCAGCUGGACUUAUAGUAAUAAUAUUGAUAAUAUUAAUAGUAAUUGCCUGCUGUAGGGAAAAGGAUAAUCGAAAGAUAGCUACAGCCGAAUCUAAUAAAAUUGAUAAAAUAUCUGAUGGUCCAGAGAAAUUAUUCAUAAUACAAAGACCAGCGUCGAACAAUAUUUACAAUUCUCACCGUAAUUGCACCUCUACAGAAAAUAUAAUUAAAUUUGAAGAUGUUGAAAUUGGGAUGCAUGUUUCCUAG